ACCAAACAUCGGGACGAGUUGCGAUUAUAGAAAUCAAACUGUAACCUACUCCUCGGAAAAGUAUCCUAUUCGCAACCUGGCCAAUAGGUAUACAUCAAGUCCAAGGUCAAGGAAUUGAUAACUUCGGUGAGAGAACGGUUUAAGGAACCAGACGAAAGAGGCGGUGGAGGUGGUGGUGACGAACCGUACAGAUAUGUGGGGCUGGUGUUAAAGAUGAAUUCGACUGGACAUCAUACCUGGAGGUAACCCUGAGUGCUGUUGGCCCCUGUGCAUGCCAAGUGGUGAUGGCCAGCUGGACCCCCCAGUGGGGGACAUGUGUCUGGCUUCAGACUCUGCUGGCAUUUGCCAUGGCCAACUGUCCCUCACUGGCCCCGAACCCAGUCAACUUCUCUGUGGUUUACACCAUGCCCUUCUUUCAAGCUUAUGGCCCUAUCCAGAACAUUGUCAACAACUCAUUGUACCAGGAAGUGUAUGUAGCCUCGCAAAAUGUGAUCGAAGCUGUCAACAGAAGCUUGGAAAAGACAUGGGGGCUCCGCACUGGACCGGUUGGAAGCCCGGAGUGUCAGGUUUGCGAUCUGUGUCAAAUUGAUAAAGACCCCAACUUCCUUGAGGACACAAACAACCAGGUGUUAUUGUUUGAUACCCUCUUCAUGUAUUUGUAUUCCUGUGGAAGUUCCCAGUACGGUGUGUGUUAUUUCCAUCAACUCAAUAGCAACGGAGAGCCGCCGUCUAUUUCCAAGUGUUUGUUCCGUGCUGAUUCAAACUCUGCUGCCUACUGCCCUGACUGUGUCGCCAGUCCUCUUGGUACCAAAGUCACCAUGGUGGAGGAAGGUCAGACGGUUUACUUCUUUGUUGCUGCUUCUGUUAAUGAAAGUGUGACUCAACGCUAUGGAAGAAAAUCUAUAUCAGUGCGUCGACCACUGGCUACAGAAGAUGGCUUCUACAGUGAUGUUCGUGGCUUAACCGUCCUUCCUGGGUUGAGAGGGACUUACCACAUUGAGUACGUCUACAGCUUUUUCACACAGGAGUUUGUGUACUUUGUCUCAGUUCAAAGAGAGAGCCCGGACCAAGAAUCAUCUCCCUUCCAAACUCGCCUUGGCCGUCUUCCACGAAAUGAAUGGGAGAUGAAACGCUAUCGUGAGGUCAUUCUAGAAUGUCGUUUUGAACCUAAGCGACGGAGAAGGAAUGUGGUCAGUGAACCCUACAAGGAUGUGGUAUACAAUGUUGUCCAGGCAGCACAUUUUGGCAAAGCUGGCAGGGAGCUUGCCGAAGAGUUGGGGGCGGAGGAGGAUGAUGACAUACUCUAUGGGGUCUUUGCCGUCAUGGAUGACAAUGGAGUUACGGUGCAUGAUUCAGCUGUCUGCGCCUUUCCCAUGGACAACGUGAAUGAGGCAAUCGCUGAUGGGGUGGACGAUUGCUGUAAAUCUGGACCAGAGCAACUCUCCAGGGGGCUUUGCCAUUUCCAGCAAUGUGAAAGUUGUCCUCACGAGAGCAUGGAGAACAACACGACAUGCAGAGACCAUCCAACCAUGGUUUCCCAGCCCUACUACAGAGUGGACCUCCUCAAUCGACAGAUGACAAACGUUCUUCUUACCUCACUGCUGGUGACCACAAUUGACAACAAGACUGUUGCCCAUAUUGGUACAUCCACAGGUCGACUGUUGCAGCUUGUGCUGACAAGACUGAAUCCGAUUAUCUUCGCUAAUUAUUCUUUGGUGGAGAACCAAAGGAUCUCAUCCAUUGCUGCAGUCUACUCAUCAGAGUAUCUCCUUUUUGUGGUGGGAGACAAGAUGUUUCAAGUGCCUCAGAGAGGACCAGGUUGUCAACACUUCCUGACUUGUGCCAUGUGCCUGACAGCCCCCAAGUUCAUGGGCUGUGGCUGGUGCUCAGGAGUGUGUUCAUGGGAGAGUGAGUGCUCAAGUCAUUGGAGGAAUGAGUCCUGCCCACCACAGAUCACAGGGUUCUUUCCACGGACUGCUCCCCCUGAUGGUCAAACAGAGUUUACGGUGUGUGGACGUGAGUUCCAGUCACCCCAAAGACCUGCCAUUACAUCCAGAACCCACCAGGUUAAACUGGGUCAAACAGCAUGCGCUGUGCUUCCUGUAAAGAGUAACAACACACACCUGGUGUGUAAGAUUCGCUCCGGGGCCACUGACCUGUCAAAACCAGUCAACAUCACAGUGGAAGUGCAUGAGAGUGAGGGAGGCAUGAAGGUGGAGGGACGUUAUGCUAUUGAUGGGAAGGCAGAAAUGCCUGGCUUUACAUUUCUGAUUCCCAACAUCACAGAGAUUCAGCCCAACUAUGGGCCUCUUAUGGGGGGCACAUUAAUCACAGUGACUGGGGCUCACUUGGAUGCCGGACGGACAAGGAAAGUCACACUCAAUGAUGUGCCUUGUCCGAUUACAAGAGUCACUAAGCCUAAAGGCAUUAUGUCCUCAAUCAUCUGUCUGUCCCAGCCAAUCUCAGAGGUGCGGGAUGUACCUCUCAGUGUUUUCAUCGACAAGUCUCCCGUCCUCACAACAAAGGUUUUUUACUACAAAGAAAACCCCAAGAUCACAGCUGUACUGCCCGACUGUAGUUUUGACAGGGGGUCGAAUAUUUUGAUUGAAGGGGAGAAUCUGGAUUCUGUUUAUCGUACCAUCAUCCACUUUAAACCCAAUGAGAGCCACCUGAAGCCUGUGACAAGGGAGUGCAUUGGGAAGGCCUUGUCUACAAGGAUGGAAUGCAUCACUCCUGUAUUUCCAAGGGAUGAGACAGAGGAAGGAGAGCUUUCCUUUGACAUGGACGGAGCAGUGGGACUUUGGAACAAAGAGUUUUCCUAUCACCCUUACGGCAAGCCAAUACCCUUUGAAACAGAAGGACAUGAGCUGCAUUUGUAUCCGGGGUUUGAUGAGGUUUCACUGCAUCAUCAGAAACUAAACCUGGUUAGCUCCUGUAUGACCAUCAUUAUGACGGUGGCAGGUGUUGAUUGUGAUGCUAAGGUCCUGGAUAAUGAGAUCACCUGCAGAAUACCUAAAAAUAUAACCAUCCCAAGUGAGGGACUCCCUGUGAAGAUCUCCAUUAACGGGCAGGUCCACAAUGUGGGCACAGUUAUAAGGGUCAGCAACCACUACAUGGUGGGGAUAGUGCUGGGAAUCCUCGCUGCGCUAGUGGCCGGGGCAGUGCUGGCCUUUGUCGUCAUGAAGCACUUGAGGAAGAAAAAGAAAGCUUCCAUGGUGGAGAGCCGUUUGGCCCACAGUGCUAGGCGUUCUGGAUCAAAUAAUGUAGAAUUGUCACCGGCUGGGGACUACAGAAGAGUAGUGUCCAUGAGUCCUUCAACUCCCACUGCUGGGCCUGUGGCCUUCCCCAGCCUGGCCUAUGCUGCAGGCAGUAUAGACGUUACUCUUACUCCUCUUAUGGCUGCAGAGAAAAUUUCCAUUUCUAGUUUUAGGCCUGAGUUAUUGGAGGAGGUUAAAGAUGUUCUUAUUCCUGCUGAAAUGCUCCUCGUGCAACACCAUCGGAUCAUUGGGAAGGGUCAUUUUGGAACAGUCUAUCAUGGCUACUUCACCGACCAUAGCAGCAGGGAAAUACACUGUGCUGUCAAGUCUUUGAAUAGAAUAACAGAUGUUGAGGAGGUGGAGCAGUUUCUGAAGGAAGGAAUUAUAAUGAAAGGCUUCCAUCACAUCAAUGUGCUGUCUCUUUUGGGCAUCCUCCUACCACAAGAAGGUCUUCCUCUGGUAGUUCUGCCAUACAUGAAACAUGGAGACCUCCGCCACUUUAUACGCUGCGAGAAGAGGAACCCCACUGUGAAGGAUCUUAUUGGCUUUGGACUGCAAGUUGCCAAGGGGAUGGAGUAUUUAGCUCAGAAGAAGUUCGUUCACAGAGAUCUCGCAGCACGUAACUGCAUGCUUGACGAGUCUUAUACAGUCAAGGUGGCAGAUUUCGGCAUGGCCAGAGAUGUCUUUGAUAAGGAAUACUACAGUAUUCAAGACCACAGAAAGGCUAAAUUGCCUGUCAAAUGGAUGGCUAUUGAGAGUCUACGGACACAGAAAUUCACUUCUAAGUCCGAUGUGUGGUCCUUUGGUGUGCUGAUGUGGGAGAUGCUGACUAGAGGGGCAAGCCCUUACCCAGAAGUGGACCCUUAUGACAUAACACACUAUUUAUUCAAAGGCAGGCGGCUCCCCCAGCCUCAGUAUUGCCCUGACCCUUUGUAUAGCAUUAUGCUCGAGUGCUGGGACCCAGAUCCAGAACUGAGGCCUAACUUUGCUACUUUGGUGUCAGCUGUCACCACCAUCCUCUCAAGUCUGGAGGGAGAACACUACAUCAGUCUGAAUGUUACAUAUGUUAACCUGGACCAACCAAGGCCCUACCCGGCACUCACCGAGUCUGCUGAUGAAUGUGACUCCACGGAUGCUGAGAGUGACUCAGGCUCAGUCUCUUCCUGAUUGUUUCCCAUCCUUCAUCAGUUCAAAACACAGGUGUACAAAAAGCUGAGGCAAGUGCACACAAGUGUUUGUGGUACAGGAAGACUUUCAUAGCACACUUCAGUCUAUAGCAAGACUUUUACCAAAGAGCUACACCUUUGUGACCUCCAAAUUUUUUUGUUUUGUAUUGUUCAACAUUCCAGAUAUCCAAAUAGACUGUGUUCAAAGGAUAAAUUAAGUAUGAUGCUUUUUGCUUCAAAACAUUUUGCAGCUAAGUUUGACUAAAACUGCACUGAUGCUUUUCAGACACUGACUAUGACACAAAGACUAUGUUAUCCUGAGUUGCGUUUGUGAUACAAAAGCUACAUAACAGAUUGCAACCGUUAUAUUUUGUUGCGGAUGUAGACUGAAGCACUUACUUGUCACAACAUUAGGUACACUUGCACAGAUUAAAGAUUCAAUCGGCUGAUCCAGAAUUUAGCCUUUAAAAAAAUGAUGGAAAUAUUUUGUUAUCAGAGAAGUUACAUAACCAUAACAAAGCAUUGUUAUUGUUGUUUUAAUAAAUAAUUAAAUUUAAACAAAUAAUUAGGUGUUCUUAAUGAUUUCAGUAUUCAAUUCAUCUCUAGAGAUGGGCAAAACAUUUAAACCCCUGAGGAAAAAUAGACAUCCAAGUUGCACCCACAAUAAAAAAAAACAACCAACCAAACAAACAAAAAACCCAAGACAUACAUAGCAAACAAAGAUUGCUAUAGCAACAGCAUUUGACAGAGUUGAAUUGCUUACUUCGUUCAGGUGUACUUAAUGUUGUAUUUUAAAGUUAGCAACAGUUUUGAGGAGAGGACUCGUAACGUAAAAAAUUGGGUUUGUUUCGCCGAGGUACAACAUAGUGGAUAGCAUAAGUUACACUGACUAUAGAUGGUUGUACGGAACGCCGUAUAUGCAUAUAACAGCUUACCAUAUGUUUGGGUCUGACAUUUUCACAUUUGCUUUUAAUUCUUCUACAGUACUGUGAUUAUUCUGUAUGAAGUGAAGCAAUAA